CCCUCUGAAUCGAGCCUCCGGAAUGUCAUCUUCAGGUGUUGUCAACUUAAGGAACUCUUGGCCUGACUAGUUGUGUUUCUGUGCAACAGCACAAGAACCAGGAUGCGGCUUCUCAAUCUCUUCAACGUAUUGCAAUUACAAUUUUCGUUGUCCUAUGUUGUCGCUGCCACGACGGCCUCUUUACCUGCUAAAAGCGUCAUCGAGUAUGCACUCCCAGCUGCUGCCCAAACACACGAAAUUCUCCCCGUCAGCGAUCAUCUUCUACUCAUCUCUCAGCAAUCAGAUGGAGGUUUACUCAAAGUAGCGCUCGACAACAACGGAAGGCCGACUGGUGCUCGCAAAUGGAUAAUAACAAAUCAGUGGUCUGGUCUGCACGGAUUGACACCCUCUUCAAUUUCAAAGAGAAAUUCUUCUACAUCCAGUGUCUGGGCAACUGUCCAGUUUGAUAAUGCUAUACUCCACAUCGACCCGAAAGGCGACGAUAUCAACGCAGCACCCCAAGUCAUCAAGACUAUUCCCAUACCUGCUCCUGCGUUCGGGCCUCACGGCAUAUUGGAGCAUAGUGGGAAUCUAUGGGUUGCGUGCAAAGACAGUUCACACAUUGUUAGAAUCAAUGCCACCAACCCAAGUGAUCACCAGAUCUGGGCUGUGAGCCGACGUCCAAUCUUCGUUGCCGCGCACCCUACUAGUGGCGAUAUCUACUCUGGAUUGGAUUUGGAUAGCAAGAUCUGGCACUACAAGAACGACGGAGGAAAUGGCGAGGAGAUCGAAAUUCCUGCAGAGAAAGGGAGUGUUCCUGUUGGUACGGUUGCUGGGCCGGACGGUAAUGUCUGGUUCGUUCUCUUGGGUAACGCUACUGGCGGUACAGGCACAUUUGGACGCAUCAAUAAAGAUGCGUCUAUCGAUUGGUUUACCAUGACUUCUGCUAUUGGAGCAACUGCGCCUCUGAUCCAUCUGGCAUUUGACGAAAAUCCAACCCGAUUUUGGUUACUGGGGUCGUCAAUUACCUGCAAAACUUGCCCCGAUGCUGUGUAUACCGUCAAAAUCGACGAUAUCUCGAUUGGUGGUACGUCUGGCCCAAGAAUUGCGAUACAGAAUACCAUCAUGAUGCCUACCCAAAGGAACUGGAAUCAUCGUAUCAUGUUUCAUAGGGGGAACCUAUACAUCACCGAGCUUAUCACGUCAACGCUUGCCCAUAUAAGCGGAGCUUUCAUUGAUAGUCCGAAAAUCAGUGAGCCAUGGGAUCAGUUCGCCGCCUCGGGUCUAGGAAUAGGUGCGCAGGUUGUCACAUAUAAUAACACAGCUCAUUAAAGAAUUGGAUUGUAUUUUGAAUAAAGGAGCUAAUUUAAUAAUAGUAAAUAAUGCUAGUUAAAUACCACUUAUAUGGGCAAUAAAUAAAGGCUAUAAUACAACUAUUAACCUAUUACUUUAUAUUACAGACGUCGCUUCUUGAAACAGACCCCAGAGACCUAGGCGGUCUGGGCUGGCAGACCAGUUGUAUAUAGAGCCAAGUCAAGCCACCAACAGCCGAGAGGAGUUCGUUGGUCAAGGACUUAUGCAGCCCUAGUUGAUCAUUGUAAUCUGAAUUGCCUAGAUUCCAAGCCCAGUAAUCCUGCCCUUGUUAUAACAUCGGCCCCCUUCUCGAUUAAAUUCGUUUCCCAGAGAAAACUAGCCACCGUCAAGUUAAAACGAUCGCACGGGAAGAAAAGGAGGCAGGCUCUAUAGCUCCCCCAAGAUCCAUCCGACUUCUACUGAGUCUUCUUGUACGAUGAUGAAGAACGACUAAGUUCGAGAUCAGCAUGGCCUGG